UACAAGCUAGGGCAUAAAUUGUUCAAUGGUACAUAUGUUUGGAGUCAACAAUAUCAGUUUGGAGCAUCUCCUUAUCCUGGUCAAAACUCUCUACAAAGUGUAGUUAUUUUUGGUGACAUGGGGAAGGAUGAAGCUGAUGGUUCCAACGAAUAUAACAAUUUCCAGCAUGGCUCUCUUAACACUACUCGAGAGCUUUUUAGAGACUUAAAGAACAUUGAUAUAGUUUUCCACAUUGGAGAUAUUUGUUAUGCAAAUGGAUACAUUUUACAGUGGGACCAAUUUACAGCACAGGUUGAGCCAAUUGCAUCAACCGUGCCAUACAUGAUUGCAAGUGGUAACCAUGAGCGUGACUGGCCAAGGAUUGGAUCAUUCUAUGGGAUUAUGGACUCUUGGGGGGGAAUGUGGUGUGUUGGUGGAGACUAUGUUUUAUGUCCCUGCUGAGAACAGAGCCAAUUUCUGGUACAGGAAUAUCAUUUCAAACUUGUUAUGCUUUCCAUUCACCUAUAUGUCUGUGUUUUUAUAUGAAAAAGUAGAUUGCUAAGUGAUUGGCAUUCACCUAUAGCUGUGUAUUUAUAUGUUUUAUUAAUAUUGUACCAGUACAAUCUCCCCAUAUAUGGCCUACAAUAGACUUAAUUUCUAGAUGUGCAAGAAACUGGUGUAAACAAUAUUAUUUUCAUUUUCCAGGUACUCCAUUGAUUAUGGCAUGUUCCACUUUUGCAUAGCUGACACUGAACAUGACUGGAGGGAAGGAAUUGAGCAAUACAAGUUCAUUGAGAAUUGCUUGGCAUCAGUCAAUAGGCAAAAGCAACCAUGGCUAAUUUUUCUUGCACAUCAAGUACUUGAUUAUUCAUCUAGUAUCAGUUAUGCAGUUGAAGGAUCAUUCAAGGAACCAAUGGGGAGGGAGAGCCUGCAAAACUAUCAAAAUUGGUGAUUUUCUUGGAACUGAAGAAGAAGUACUUGUGGUGAGGACUUUUGCUUCAGAAUACAGCUGUCUUAGAAAGGAUGGUUAUAUCUUGGUCUAAAGAAUCUCAGGGCAAGGUCAAAAGGAAAAGGCAGUUAAUGAUCAUCUACUAACACUUCCAAAAGGGUCACUGAAUGAUCACUGGGUAUCAGUGACUUCUGGAAGUGAGGAGUAUUGUCUUAAACAUAUGCGUAGAAAUCAGUAUGAAGAAAGUCUAUUUAGAUGUGAAGAUGAUAGGUAAAAGACUUGAUAGAAGCCUUCAUCAGUUGUGAAUUUUCUUGCUAUUUGUUAAUAUUUAAUUAAAUAAGGUUUUUUUUGUGUGUUUCUUUAUAUCGUCAUUUGACUUUUAUGGCACUUACAUGUUAUUCUAGUUGAUUAGGAGUUUAAAGAUAAGGUUUUGAGA